AUGAAUAGACACUCCACUGGGCAUUUCAUCUUGAAACAUCUAGUGGAGUACUUUAGUGCUAAACAGCUUGUGCGAAGAGGAGAUUAUUCCGUAACAAGAACUAAUGACUACAGUGUCGUUUUGGUUAAAUCCAAUACGUAUAUGAACGAGUCUGGGCGAGGUUUUCGACAAUUUGUAGACAACGAGGACUUUCAGCCCAGUCAGAGUAUUGUCGUGAUUCUCUACGAUGACUUUGAUAAUAAGUUGGGAAAAGUAAAGCUAUCUGAGUUGAAGAAGAACGAAUCGCAUAAUGGUAUUGGAGAUAUACUGCGAGCUCUUCAUGGGAUAAAGUCAGACGUCAAAAUAUACAAGUUGGGAAUCGGAAUAGGACCCAAACCUUCUAAAGCCAGUGGUGCUAUCGUCAGUAAUUGGGUCCUAUCUAAGUUUACCGAUGAAGAGUUAACCAUUCUACGGGAAACUAGUUUUAAUUUGGUAACCAAGUAUGUGGAUGAGAUCUACGAGAAUAACGCAGUAGGAGACUGUAACUUGUUGAAUCAGAAGAUUGCACAAGCAUUACCGUAG